AAAGGUUGCAAAUGGCCGCUGUGCACCGUGGACAGUGUGUACCGUGUAGUAAGGAGGCGGAGUUGAUUGCGAGCAGCCUGAUGUCGAGUGCGUGUCGUGGCGUAGUGAGUCGGUGAAUAUAUAAUAAUAUCGGUAUAUCGCGAGAUGUGAUGUCUCCGAGGAAGGUGCGGUGAGUGAAUAUCCAGGGGUGCGCGUCGCAAUUCGAGAAUGUCUUCGGACUCGCGUUGAUAAACUCGCGAGGGUUAUCCAAAAGCGGUAAAAGCAGGAACGAGAGUUGUAUGUAAUCGGAGUAAUGAAACCGGUGUCCGAGAGCGAGCUGGGCGUGGAAGAGGUUAAAGUCGUCUCAAACUCAACGGCGGCAAUUCGGUCCGACGGAUCGACGGACGGAGGGACGCGAAGCGCGGAGAGUCACAGGUUCCGACGGACCUUCACGCUGCCGAAGAACCCGUUUCAGAACGCGGCGAAGAUGUCGAAGCGUCGGGUGAAGCACAAGGACGGCGGACAGCAGCAGCAGCAGCAGCAGGACGCGAACGCCCCCCAGGGACAGAUCCAUCCUGGCGGUGGUUUUUACGCGACGGCCGAACGACAGCCCGGGAAAAAGAUCUUCAGGCGGCCCUCGUGGAAGAAGCUCAUCAACAAGAUGGUCCAGCACAUGUCGAGCGUUGGGGUCCAGCAGAAACCCUCGAACUGCGACGGACUCAGCCUCUCGGCCCACGACCUCAGGGUCCCGCCCCCCAGGCCGGCGCACAUUCCGCCGGACCGCGUCCCCGGGGUGAUCGGGCUGAGGAACCACGGCAACACCUGCUUCAUGAACGCCGUACUCCAGUGCCUGUCCCACACCGACAUACUGGCCGAGUAUUUCGUCCUCGACCAGUACAAGGUCGACCUAUCUCGCCGCAACAAGCUCAAUUCGAAGAAGUACGGGACCAAGGGCGAGAUCACCGAGCAACUCGCCCUGCUUCUCAAGGCCAUAUGGAGCUGCCAGUACGACCCCGAAAUGAGCACCACCUUCAAGAGCGUCGUCGACAAGUACGGGAGCCAGUACAGGGGCAAUCUUCAACACGACGCACAGGAGUUCCUGCUUUGGUUACUGGACAAGGUCCACGAGGACCUCAAUCAGGCGACAAAGAAGAAGUACAAGAUCAUCAAGAAUUCUUUUGGAAGACCGGACGACAUUGUGGCGGCGGAAACGCUCGCGAAUCACGUGAGAUGCAACAACUCCUUCGUCCACGCCGUGUUUCAAGCCCAGUUCCGGUCGAGUCUGACGUGUCCGCGAUGUCAUCGGCAGUCGAACACUUUCGAUCCGUUUCUGUGCGUCUCGGUACCCGUACCGCAGAAUCACCGACAGAUAAGCCUCUUCAUAAACGUUCUUUACACGUCGCAGCAACCUCGUCAAGUCAAGAUCGGCGUCAGCGUAAAUCAGGCAGGUAACGUCAAGGAACUUCGCGAAAUCCUGGCCAGCGACACUGGAAUAAGUGAGGAUCAUAUGCUGCUCACCGAAGUUCACGACGAAGGAUUUCACAGAACAUUCUCCGACUGUCAGCCACUUUCUGUGAUAACGGAGAACGAUCCGUUGUACUGCAUAGAAUUACCGCAGCUCAAGGAACCGGCGGAGCAGGCGUACAUUUUACUCGUAUGGAUAAACGUCCUGGUGAAAGGGGAUUUGAGGGAACGAUUCGGUAGUCCGUACACGAUGCAGGUUUCGAGGGAAACCUCGUACGAAGACUUGCAGAAACUACUGCUCAAGGAAAUGCACACGACGUUGACCGAUGACGUUCUCACGUCGAGCCAAAGUCCGGGUCUGUUUAACAUCAGGGUGGCCGAUCCGGCCGCAACCCCCGUCCAGGACGAGCAUCCAUGCAUAGAUCCCUGCGUCGAGCAUCCUCUUUACACCGAACAAAUCGAGCAGGCGUUGGCUCUCUGCGCGGACGACUCCGGACCUCAGCACGUUAAGCUGAUACUCGAAUGGGACGAGGCUACCAAGGGGAACAUCAUCCAGGACGAUUCCGAUCAAAUCGAGGAACACGCCAGCGUUAAACAGCUGAAGACGAACUCGGAGCAGGGUGGAGCGGUGACGCUUGAGGAGUGCUUCGACCUCUACACCAAAGCCGAGAUCCUGGGGGCGGAAGACGCUUGGCACUGUCCUUACUGUAACAGAAAACAGGAAGUGGUCAAGAAGCUGGGACUUUGGUCCCUGCCGGACAUAUUAGUCAUACAUUUGAAGAGGUUCAAGCAGCAGUCGAAGCAGAGGUCGACCUCGAAGCUCACGACGCUAGUUGACUUUCCGCUUUACGGUUUCGACAUGACGCCGCAUCUCGCUCACAACAACAUGCAGACGCAUACGAACCUGACGAUGCUCGGGGGACUUGGAUGGUCACCCUGGAAGAAGCCCAGACCCAGGCAGAACUUGCCAAAGUAUGACGAGAACGUCUACGAUCUCUACGCCAUAUGCAAUCACCACGGCCAGGAUCUUCAGGGCGGUCACUACACGGCGUUUUGUCGGAAUCCCUAUGACACUCAGUGGUACUGCUUCGACGAUACCAGAGUCGAGGCUGUCACCGACACGAAUUUGAUAACCAACGCGGCUUACAUGCUGUUCUAUCAGAGGCGCGGACUCACCAAUAAUUCCGCCGGCAACUCGUCCGCAGCUUCGACUAGCUCAGCUGGGUCUGGGCUUGACCAUUGGGUCUCCAGAAUGCCGCCUUUUCAUUUUAGUAAUAAAAAUACCGCCAGCGUUGGCAACAACAAACAGAGCAAAUCUCAAGAGGUUUUGUGCCAGGAUAAAAUCGUCGAGGAAAAGAAUUUGAACAAUUUCAACAGAGGUUGUCGCAACUACGCAACUCUUCAACCCAAAAAACGCAACGUCGCUACCGAAACUGAGAAUGGUGAAACUGAUCAUUACUCUGACGACGAAGCGCCUCCAAGGAGAGAAUGGGCCUCGCCGAAGCCGGUAAGGAAGACGUCAUCCAUCGCACUGACUCCCCUUCUUCCAGCUGUGAUGCACGAUGAAAACGGUGAACCGGAACCUGCAGUGAUACAUGAAUCUACUUUGUAACACACGAUCUAAGUCGGAUGUUGGUCCGACCUGUGAGCUUGGCUUGGACAAUGCCGUUGAAAAUCGGAUUUAAUAAUAACAAAAAUAAUUAUAGUAAUAAUAAGAAGAUAAGCGAAGGUAUAUUAUAUACGAGAAAGUCUGAAAAACUGAUUUAAUAUUUAAAAAGAAAAAGACAGUGAAUAUAAGUCUGGGGUUUUUUGUAUUUUAAUUAUCGUCGUACGGAUAUCUUAUAAUUAUAUCGAUUCGUCUAAUCAUUGUCAUUUAAUUGGUUACUAGUAAUAAUAGUUAUAAUAAUAGGACAUAUUUGUGUACGGUUUUUGGAAAUAAUUACAAAAGAUCUCAUAAUUAUGCUCUUUCGAAGCUAUUUCUGAUUACAAAUUUAAAGUAUACAUAUUACAUAUACAUAUAUUAUAUUCUAUUCUAUUAUAUUAUAUUAUAUUAUUGCAUACGACCUACUAUUCGAUACACACGCAUACACAGGCAUACACACAGGUUUCAUUUCUUAUUUAUAAUGUAUUUCUAUACAAAAAAUGUACGAGUUGAAUGUUAUAUAGAAGGGAAACUGUAGAUAUUUCCCCUAUUUCGCAGACUGUUUCGGAGAAAAGACCUAUUUCCUAAUUUACCAAAGUAAAAUAUUUCAAUCAUAUUUAACUAUAGGUAACAAAUAAGUUAGGCAAUAGGUCGAUGGAUAGAAUACUUCUUCCUAUUGAUUCAUAAAUUGUUGUGUAUCACAGAUUAUCAAUGUAACGCAUCGUCAAUUCUAUGUCAGAUCUUGUACAGAGAAGAACGAAAGUAUGCAACUUUGACGCUAUUUGUAUAAUCAGUCCUCAAAUUUGACAAGUUAUUACAGAUGUACAGGCGCUUGAAAGUUUUAUUUUUUAACCAUGACCACGGACGUAAGUUUAUUCAAUUUGAAAAACUUUCUUAUUUCCAGGGCUACUGCACCUACUAUGUUCAGUCGAACAUUGAGUAGAAUUGACAGCGUAUUGCACAUCGAGUCUGUGUUUAGAUAUAAUAUUUAUAUUGUAUUUAUAUCACCCACUAGUGGCCUUAUCGAAUAUUAAUAAUUACAUUGGAAAUAGAUUAAUAAUAUUGAUACACUAUUUGAAUUAUGUAACGUUUUAAUAUUAUCAUGUACCGUUUGAAUUAUGUGUAGCAUUUUUAAUACGAAAAGUACGCGUCAUCCGUGUUGGUAGUUUCGAUUGAUUAAUUUUAGUCGAUAACCUUCGCGGCACAAGUUGAACAGUUACAUGUUAAUUCUACAUGAUUAUCGAAUUUCAAUUAAUUAUAAUCAUUCCAGAUAGGUAAGCUUUGUUACAAAAAGAUGAACGAAAAACUCAAUUUAAAUUUAUGUCCAUGUAUGUAGGUGAUCAAAUUAUUUGAAGGCAACAUUGCUAGUCACGCAUCGUGGUCAGAGUUAGCAGCUACGAACGGGAGAAAUAUAUUAUGACAUCACGAUACAGAAAAACAAGAAAAAAAUUGUCGAAAUUCAGCCGUAUGCUUUGUAAUCUCGGUCUGCAAAAUCAUACAAGGAUGCAGCUGCAAACUGUGUUACAGUAAUUAUAUUCAGCGAAUUUUUGCUACUAAAAUGGGAUAUUAUACGAAAUACGCAAAAUUCGAAGUACUAAAUGCCCGUUGGAUCUUUACGAACGAAUCAAAUCCGUAUCUGCCGUGAUAAAUUUUCCUUUCAAUAUUAAUGUAAUUAAAUAUGCUCUACAAGUAAUCGUCGAAAAUUAUUGCGGCAGCAAGAUAGAAAAAGAUCUUCGUAAAUUAUUCGAAUAUAUUUAAUAAUCAUUCAAUUGUUUUUGUUCUUAUAACAAUUGAAAGAUUGUUUAUUCCAUUAAGAGACAAAAAGUAGUAAUAAUAAUAAGAAUACUUUUUGCUCAGCGAAUACUUUGUCCAUUUUUAACUGUAAUAACGCCAAUUUUAGAAAAUGAUCCACAAGCGUAUGGAUACUCCUAAUAUAAAUACAUAUAAAUAUGCAUAUAACAAGCCUUACAUAAACUCUGUAAAUUGAUCUGUAGAGUAUCUAUAGGUACGUGAAUAUAUAGUUUUAUUUUCGGAGGCUCUGAGGACUGUUCGGCAAAACAUGGUUGUAUUUGUAUACAUAUAGUAAUGAUAAUUAUAAUUAUACGCCAAUAACGACCAUCGUUGUUGUUGUUAUUGUAACAAGUAUUAUUCAGUACUGCGUAAUAUGUUGUUCUAGAAAAACAAUUUUAUACCUAUACUUCGUAUUUGAAGUUUAUAAUGGUUGAAGAGAAAAAUUAGAAGGAAAGUAUGCGGUUUUCACGAUAAUUAAUUGUGUGUGUGUGUGUGUGUGUGUACGUGCCUCUGUGUGUGUAAACAACCUGCGCGUGGUUAGGGAAUUUUAAAAAUUUCGUAAUGGUCAUUGUAGUAAUAAAAAUCUAUUAUUCAUAAGAUGGAUAUGUCUGUGAAAAAAUUUGAAGAAGAUAGAAAACGAGGAGUCACUUUAAUUUAUAAAUUUUACUGCAUUUAGAUCCAACGUAUGUGCGUGAGCUGAGCAAUAUGGCGCCCGAUAGAUAUAAUCAGCUGACCGUUUUAGUUAAAUUACAGGGUUACCGAGGCACGUUGAACCUCGUACAAGUGGUUAUGUUGAAAAUGGGAUGAAAAAAAACUUCUUUCAUUAUUGUGUAUACGUCCUCGUAACUUGGUAUACAUUUCUGAUGGUAGAUUACGUAGUUUGAUUAGUUUCCAGUGCACGGUACAGACGAUCCGAAACGACCAACUUUAUGAAAUAUUAACAUUGUAAUUUUUUAAGUUGACGAAAUUUGACGGAAAAAAAACGUGAGAAUGCACUCACACGCAUGAAUAAAAUACGCAGCUAUGUAAAUUAACGACUGAAGAUUGACAAUGCCUUACAAAAUUCAAGCCUCGGGUGUACAGAUUGCCGACAUUAAAUCCUCGGAGCCUUCGGGGUAUUUUUCUCUGUAAACCUUGGGCAUUAAUGUGAUUAUUAUCUAUUUCCACAACUAAUAAAAACGUUAAAAAAAAAAAACAGAUACAUAUGUAAAUAGUAAUAGUAUUAAUAAUAAUUCUCUCGUUACCGCCGCGAUGAUAUCAUACAUAUUGUACAAAUAUAUAAUAACAGGUACGAAGCAUUGAAGAUUAUUAUAUUAAUUAUUAAUAUUACUAUGAUAAUUAUUAUAUUAUUAUUGUCAGAACGUUUUUUAAUAGCUAUUUUACCCCAUACGUGUCAUAUUUCAUUCGUACAUACAUCGUGUAACCAAACAAUAGGGUUAUCGAUAAAUAUAUACCCAUAUAUUAUAUAUAUUAAUGAUAAUA